AUAGAAAGUUAUUUUGGUUGAAUGAAGAUAACUCCAAGAUUUCUCUGGGUGGGAAGGCCAGCUAGCUCACACUUCCUGGAAAAAGUUCAUAAUAGACACGUUUGCCUUCACUGUGGCAACAAAAGAGAUGGUUUGGAGAAAAAGAGGAGCAACAGGACUCCUACCAAUAAAAUAUCUUCCUUCCAUAAGAUAGCAAAAUAUAUUUUACACAGGUAUUUGCUGUGAGCAGGAUUUGGGGAACAAGAAGUCACUACCAAUCAGACAUGUCUGAACUGCUAAGUUUUGUUUUUGCUUUUCUACCCCUUCCUGCUCCUUGCUUUUAAAAAUGGAUGCUCUAUCAGUUAGAAAGAUGUUUGUAACCCAGUUCCCUGUGUUCUUACAUCCUAGGAGCUUUGUUAUUCUAAUAAGUCUGUUCUGCCUCCACUUGCAAACCAGCUUAAUUUAAUUCUAAAUGAAAUCUCUCAUUUUUUAUUAUGUUCGAUGCAAGCUUAGUAAUUCUCAGAAAAUGGUCCUUGUUAAAUGAAGUUUAGCUAGAAAUUCUGAUAUUCUGGGAUGCUUACACAAACAGCUGUCAUUCUUUGCAAUGGCUUCAUUAUUCAGUGACACAGUUAAUAGCGUUGUUUUACUUUUACUCGAAAUUGUCUUUGUCUUUCUCUGCUUGUUCCAGCAACAGUUUUCCUGGAGUUCUGGAAAAGACGGCGAGCCGUAAUUGCGUAUGACUGGGAUUUGAUAGACUGGGAAGAAGAGGAGGAAGAAAUCCGACCCCAGUUUGAAGCCAAGUAUUCCAAGAAAGAGCGGAUGAAUCCCAUUUCGGGAAAGCCAGAACCUUAUCAAGCAUUUGCAGAUAAAUGCAGCAGACUUAUCGUUUCUGCAUCUGGAAUAUUUUUUAUGAUCUGCGUGGUGAUCGCCGCCGUGUUCGGAAUCGUCAUUUACCGGGUGGUGACUGUCAGCACGUUUGCCGCCUUUAAGUGGGCGUUAAUCAGGAAUAACUCUCAGGUUGCAACCACAGGGACUGCCGUGUGCAUCAACUUUUGUAUCAUUAUGUUGCUGAACGUGCUCUAUGAAAAAGUUGCGCUGCUUCUGACAAAUUUAGAACAGCCUCGCACGGAGUCCGAGUGGGAGAACAGCUUCACCUUGAAAAUGUUUCUUUUUCAGUUUGUCAAUCUGAACAGCUCUACGUUUUACAUUGCAUUCUUCCUUGGAAGAUUUACAGGACACCCAGGUGCCUACUUGAGGCUGAUAAACAGAUGGAGACUAGAAGAGUGCCACCCUAGUGGAUGCCUUAUUGAUCUCUGUAUGCAAAUGGGUAUUAUAAUGGUGCUAAAGCAGACCUGGAAUAAUUUCAUGGAACUUGGCUACCCGUUAAUUCAGAAUUGGUGGACUAGAAGAAAAGUACGACAGGAACACGGGUCUGAAAGGAAAAUAAGGUUCCCACAGUGGGAAAAGGACUAUAACCUUCAGCCGAUGAAUGCCUAUGGACUCUUCGAUGAAUACUUAGAAAUGAUUCUUCAGUUUGGAUUCACAACUAUCUUUGUGGCAGCUUUUCCCCUAGCACCACUUCUAGCCUUACUGAAUAACAUAAUCGAAAUUCGACUUGAUGCUUACAAAUUUGUCACACAGUGGAGGAGACCUUUAGCUUCAAGGGCUAAAGACAUAGGAAUUUGGUAUGGAAUUCUUGAAGGCAUUGGAAUCCUCUCUGUUAUUACAAACGCAUUUGUCAUAGCGAUAACGUCUGACUUUAUCCCUCGCUUGGUGUAUGCAUAUAAGUAUGGACCUUGUGCCGGCCAAGGAGAAGCUGGGCAAAAGUGCAUGGUUGGCUAUGUGAAUGCCAGCUUGUCCGUGUUCCGGAUUUCUGACUUUGAGAACCGAUCUGAGCCCGAGUCUGACGGCAGUGAGUUCUCGGGCACUCCUCUCAAGUAUUGCAGAUACCGGGACUACCGGGACUCUCCUCAUUCACUGGUGCCCUAUGGCUACACGCUGCAGUUCUGGCACGUUCUAGCAGCUCGACUGGCUUUUAUCAUUGUGUUUGAGCACCUCGUAUUUUGUAUAAAGCACCUCAUUUCAUAUCUGAUCCCAGACCUCCCAAAAGACCUAAGGGAUCGAAUGAGAAGAGAAAAGUACUUGAUUCAGGAGAUGAUGUAUGAAGCAGAACUGGAACGCCUCCAAAAGGAACGAAAGGAGAGGAAGAAAAAUGGAAAAGCACACCACAACGAGUGGCCGUGACCAGUAGGCAGGAUGUCGUGUUGCUUCAGACUGGCUUUCUGACUCAGUCUGUUCAUCUGUAAAACAGGCAUGAUAAUGUUUAUACCGUACCUGACUCAGUAUGGAGUUACAAAUGCUUUGAUGAUGGUGAGUACAAACUAUUCACAUCAUGUUGUUAAGCAAUUGUGUGCACAUAGGAUCUUAACGCCUUCUUUUCUCUUUCCAGAUAGUAGUUCCUUUCCAGGCCAAGGACCUGAAUUCCGUUUACUUCUCCCAGCUGUGCAAAAGCACAUCCAAGUGAAUGACUAAAAAUGCAAGCGCAGUGCAUGUUGCAGACACAGGCUGCCGCGAGGGGUCAGCACCCAGUGGAGGACUGGCAUUGCAGUCACGCUGCUGUGAAGUCACGUCGCAGUCCGGCACACAGCUGCUAUCUAUCCAUAGACCAUUCCUGACCAAGCAAGCAUGCACAUUAUGGGCAGUUACAUUCUCAAGUUUUUAAAACCAAGGGGAACUUGUAUACUGGGCCUGUUUUUCAGCCUGUUUGCUACCUUUUUUGCAUUCUAUCCUGUGUGAAUUUUACAGACACUGGGCUAAAAAGGGUAUUUGGACACCUGGAUACACAUUCCUAGAAUGUCAUCAUAUGGUCCUAAUUCCAUGUCACCAACGACACAGACAAGACCCUGUUUACAACUUUUUCUUUCCUUUUUUUUUUAAUUUCAGAUCUUUCUGAAAAGAUUAUUGUAUAUGACAUAUCUAUAGCUAUGUGUAUGGCCAUAGAUGUAUUUCUGUGUGUACAUAUGUAUAGUCAUGUAUUCCUACAUAUGUACAUACAAAUACAGAGAUAUAUAAAGUACAUAGAAAUUCCUUACUUGUAAAUAGCCAAAAAGUACUGACAUGAAUGAUGAAUUUUCACAUUUAAAUAAUCAUCAACAUGAAGCCAUGUUUAAUGCUUGUAUAAUGUGAUGCAAUAAAAUUUAAAAUAAAUUUAUGCACAUGGAAUAUUUUCAGCUGACUCCUCUGAAAUUCUGUUAAAUUCUCAUAUAAUAAGAGGAAUCAUAUAGCAGAGUGGGAUCUUGAAUGUAAGGAGAAUUGCUAAGGGACUUUGUAAGAAACCAAAUGUUUAUUGGAUGAAUGCAUGCAAAAACAAACAAUAUAGCCAGCAAAAUAUUAGCAUGUGUUUCUGAUGAACUUUUUUCCUAAUCUUGAUAGAAUAUUUUAAAUAUAAGGCAUGAUGAGUAGGCCAGAACUUGAGGAUUUGCUAAUCUACCUAAUCUUAUGAGUCUUCAUAAGACUUCAUAAGACCAUUAGAAAUAUACUACUUCAAUACUAGAAUCUUCAUUAAAAUCUCAUCGGCUGUCUGGAUCAUUCAGGAAAAUAGUUACUUGGAUAACAAAGUUACCCAAAUAGUUGGCGAGGUGGGGUGGUUAAUCUUUGAACCGGCCAAAUUUUAUGUUAGUUGAUUUUUUAAAUAGAAACCUUUCUAUAAAUAUACAUUUAUAGAACAAAAUUGAAACAUAUUUAUCCUUCUUUUGAUGACUUAGUAUCAUCACUGUAAAACUCCAACUUUUGAACAAGUACGUUUCCCAAUAAGUUCUAUCUGCUGGCUCCCUAAAAGUCUCCUAUCCGUACAAACUGCGCCACUCACUGGGACUCUUUUCCCGUUCAUUGCAUUAAUUCCUCACCUAGCGCAUGCUUACCUAUCUUACAUCUCCACAUGGCUUUGUAGUGAUAUCGGUCUAGACAUGCACCUUCGCCUUCCCCACUGCCUAACGGAGUUUAGUACCUACCUUCAAGUUUUCAGUGCUUCUUAAAAAUAAAUGAAUCAAAAUGGGAUACACACCUUUGCUUAUAGCACACAAACUCACUUUCCUGUAAACAUAUAUUUCAACAUGAAAGAACUGAGUAUUUCAGUCUUCAACUGGAUAUAAUGUUCUAGUGAAGGAGUGAAAGCUACUCACAUCACCUGUGACAUGUUAAGUGCCAGUUAUUAUUUUCCCACCGGGCACAUUAAGUGAUCUUUUUCAAGAUUGCCCAUUGACUUCUGGGAUUUAGACACCAAUUUUAUAAUAUUUUUCAACAACAACAACAAAAAAAAAAUUUAAGGAAGGCUUGCUUAACAAUGCUUCCAUUAUGUGAAUGGAAUACUUAAGUAUUCAAUUUAGAUCCCAUUAAUCUCCUGGUAGGGGGGAGUAAAUAGUCAAGCUGUUGUCAGUGGGGCACAGCCAUGCUCCACUUGCAUAUCCAUUAGUCCCCAAGGAGGUAAUCUUUAAUUUUCAUUAAUUCAGACCUUACUAAUUAGGAAGUUGGGAUCUCUGGCUGGGUGAGGUCCAUUAUGCAAAAGAAAUACUAUGAACGCAAUAGAGAAAAUAUUCAAACCAUUUUUUAUAUUUAUUAUUAAAUACUAUUUUAUUUUGCACAAACUUCAAA